AUGAAUGGCACCGAGGGCCCCGAUUUCUAUGUCCCCUUCUCCAAUGCCACCGGGGUGGUGCGCAGCCCCUUCGAGCACCCGCAGUACUACCUGGCCGAGCCCUGGCAGUUCUCCCUCCUGGCCGCCUACAUGUUCCUGCUCAUCCUCCUGGGCUUCCCCGUCAACUUCCUCACGCUCUAUGUCACCGUGCAGCACAAGAAGCUGCGGUCCCCCCUCAACUACAUCCUGCUCAACCUGGCCACCGCCGACCUGUUCAUGGUGCUCUUCGGCUUCACCACCACCGUCUACACCUCGCUCAACGGCUACUUCGUCUUCGGGCGCACCGGGUGCUUCGUGGAGGGCUUCUUUGCCACUCUGGGCGGCGAAGUGGCCCUGUGGUCCUUGGUGGUCCUCGCCAUCGAGAGGUACAUGGUGGUAUGCAAACCCAUGAGCAACUUCCGCUUUGGGGAGAACCACGCGGUCAUGGGGGUCAUCUUCACCUGGAUCAUGGCCUCGGCCUGUGCCGUCCCGCCCCUCUUCGGCUGGUCCAGGUACCUCCCCGAAGGCAUGCAGUGCUCCUGUGGGAUCGACUACUACACGCCCAAGCCCGAGCUCAACAACGAGUCCUUCGUCAUCUACAUGUUCGUGGUGCACUUCGCCAUCCCCCUGGUCAUCAUCUUCUUCUGCUACGGCCGGCUGCUCUUCACGGUCAAGGAGGCAGCCGCCCAGCAGCAGGAGUCGGCCACCACCCAGAAGGCAGAAAAGGAGGUGACCCGCAUGGUCAUCAUCAUGGUCGUCGCCUUCCUCAUCUGCUGGGUGCCCUACGCCAGCGUGGCCGUGCACAUCUUCACCCACCAGGGCUCCGACUUCGGCCCCGUCCUCAUGACCAUCCCCGCCUUCUUCGCCAAGAGCUCCGCCCUCUACAACCCUGUCAUCUACAUCAUGAUGAACAAGCAGUUCCGGAACUGCAUGCUCACCACCAUCUGCUGUGGCAAGAACCCACUGGGUGAGGACGAGGCCUCGACCACCGUAUCCAGGACGGAGACCAGCCAGGUGGCCCCAGCCUAA